CGGGCCUGGCCGCCGCCCGAGACCCCCCUCACCUGUGACCCCGCCCCAGGGGGCUCCAGGGCUCCUGGACGCCAGCCUCUGUGUCUGUGGAGUGAGGAUGCUGGGUUUGCCACUUCUGUGCCUGCUGGCUCUCAGCCCCCCACGGCUGGGGGCAGCCAGCGCGGUUGGACCAGCAUCAGUGCCGGAUGGGUCUGUUUCGGGGCCUUGCCCCCGACGCUGCCGAUGCCAGACCUCCGCACCACCCCGGAGCGUGCUGUGCCCGGGGGCUGGCCUGCUCUUCGUGCCUCCGGGGCUGGACCGCAGGGCCUCUGAGCUUCGCCUCCCUGACAACUUCAUUGCUUCGGUUAGGCGCCGUGACCUCGCCAACAUGACGGGCCUGCUGCACCUCAGCCUCAGUCGCAACACGCUGGCCCACAUUGCACCAGGGGCCUUUGCUGACUUGCGCGCCCUGCGUGCCCUGCAUCUGGAUGGCAACCGGCUGUCCUCUUUGGGCGCAGCCCAGCUUCGGGGACUGGUCAGCCUGCGCCAUCUCAUCCUGGCCAACAAUCAGCUGGGUGUCCUGGCAGCAGGAGCCCUUGCUGAUUGUGCUGAGACCCUGGAGGACCUGGACCUCAGCUACAACAACCUGGAGGCAUUGCCCUGGGACGCCGUGGCCCGCUUGGCCAACGUGAACACCCUGGGCCUGGACCAUAACCUGCUGGCGGCUGUCCCUGCAGGGGCCUUUGCUGGGCUGCACAAGCUGGCCAGGCUGGACAUGACGGCUAACCGUCUCACCACCAUUCCGCCAGACCCACUUUUUUCCCGCCUUCCCGUGCUGUCCCGGCCCAGACCGGGCGCACCAGCCUCUGCCCUGGUACUAGCCUUCGGGGGGAACCCACUCCACUGCAACUGUGAGCUGGUGUGGCUGAGGAGGCUGGCCCGGGAGGAUGACCUAGAAGCCUGUGCCUCACCCCCAGCCCUGGGAGGCCGCUCCUUCUGGGCCGUGCGGGAGGAUGAGUUUGUGUGUGAGCCUCCGGUGGUCACCCACCGAUCCCCACCAGUAGCCGUACCUGAGGGCCGCACGGCCUCCCUGCGCUGUCGGGCUGCUGGGGAUCCUGAACCCAGGGUACGCUGGGUGUCCCCCCGAGGCCGGCUUCUGGGGAACUCCAGUCGCACUCGGGCCUUUCCCAACGGAACGCUGGAGCUGCUGGCAGCCACACCUGGUGAUGGCGGUGUCUUCACCUGCAUCGCAGCCAAUGCUGCCGGGGAAGCCACCGCCUCUGUGGAGCUAACGGUGGGGCCACCCCCACCCCAGCUGGCCAACAGUACCAGCUGUGAGCCCCGAGGGGAAGGAGACGAUGGAGAAGGUGGGGUCCCUCUCACCCCCUCUUCUUCAUCUGCCUCCUCAUCCUUGGCCCCCAUAGAUCCCCGGGCUGGGCUCCCACAGACCCCCGAACAUGAUGGUGAUAGUGAUGGGGGCAGCGUCCAAGUGGCCGAGCGCAGCGCCACUGCCGCCCUCAUCCGCUGGCCGGACCAUGGGCCCGUCCCUGGCCUCCGCAUGUACCAGAUCCAGUACAACAGUUCUGCUGAUGACAUCCUCGUCUACAGGAUGGUCCCCGCUGGCAGCCGCUCCUUCCACCUGACAGACUUGGUGUCAGGGCGCACCUAUGACCUCUGCGUGCUGGCAGUGUCUGAGGAUGGGGCCACCGGGCUGACAGCCACACGGGCUGUGGGCUGUGCCCGCUUUUCUACGGAGCCUGAGCUGCGGCCAUGCCGCUCACCCCACUCAGCAGCUCCUGUCCUGGGGGGCACCAUGAUCAUCGCUCUGGGGGGCGUUAUUGUUGCUUCCGUGCUGGGCUUCAUUUUCCUUCUGCUGCUCCGAUACAAGGUGCAUGGUGACCAGCCUCCAGGGAAGCCUGCGGCUCGGGGAGGAGUCAGCAGCGUCUGCUCCCAGACCAACGGGGGGGCCCCAGCCCCUGGGCCUGAGAGCUCAGCUUCAGACUCGGACCCUACACCUCCAACACCAGUCAAGGGGCACACCUUGGUACAACUGGACUUUGAGCCUUCAAGGGGGCCUAGGGGCAGGCUUGCUCAUGAACGUGGAGGGCAGUGAUCCUGAGGAAAGUCCCUCAGACAUCCCUAGCCCUGGACUGCUCCCUAAAAUAUCUCCAGCCUCAGCCUUGCACCACCUUGGCCCCUUGGAUGCCCUGAGACCUGGCCUUGGUCCUGGGAUGUUCCUUGGCCUCACAGGCACCCUUAGCCCUGGCCCCAGGGAAGGACAUGGACCGAGUAAACCCCAGGGGCUGUGGCAGGGCCAGGGAUGGGCAUGGGGGGAGCCCAUGCUUGGAUGCUGGCCCACCUUGCAGCUCCUGCCCAACCUCCUAUUUUUAAUAAUCCAGGGGGGACUUCAUGGGAAAGUGGGGACAUUAUGGAGAUUAUGUCAAGAGAAACCUAUUUUUCUAA